CCUUCAUACCACACAAGAAGAUUAAUUCCGGUCCCGCUUGGCCGGCGGACUUUCCCAAACAGCAGCCUAACUUUUCAUUCUCCAUUUCCUUUCUUCCCCGCCGCGUCCAUUUCUCAAUUUGAUGGCCGAUGAUCAAGUCUUGGUCUCCCUCCACCGUGUUGGCCUGCACAUAAAUUGCCUCUGAUUCCGCUUGGAUUUCUCCAGCUAAGCUAGCUGUUUGCCAUUACUGGCUUUCCUCUUCUUCCUCCGGCCGGCCCCUUUCUUGAUUCAUUCAUUCAUUCGAUUGAUUUCCUUCUUUCUCGGCCAAAUCGCCAUUGCCGCCCAAAUCUUGCAAAUACCCAGCCUUUGCUAGGAUCCACGCGCUACUGUAGCUUCACCCUCCGUAGCUCCCUCUAGCAUCUACCUAGCUAGCAAGAAAGAUUCUUGCCUUCCUCCUUGCCGCCAACAGAGCAGAGCAGAGCCCACCCCAGUCGAAAUGGGCGGCGACGCAGAGGGCGGCCGGGGGGGCCGACGUCGGAAGCGGAAGAUGAUUAUGAGCAAGCUCUACACCUACGCGGCCUGCGCACGCCGGCACAGCGCGGUGGACGACGAAGGCUCGCGGAUCGGCGGGCCCGGGUUCUCCCGCGUCGUGCACACCAACGACCCCGCGGCGGCGGCGGCGGCCGCUGCCGCCGGGUACUACCGGUCCAACAAGAUCUCCACCACCAAGUACAGCGCGGUGACCUUCCUCCCCAAGUCCCUCUUCGAGCAGUUCCGGCGGGUGGCCAACAUCUACUUCCUCAUCACCGCCCUGCUCUCCUACUCCCCCAUCGCGCCCUUCCGGGGCUCCACGGCGGUGGCGCCGCUGGUGCUGGUGCUCGUGGCAACCAUGGUCAAGGAGGCCAUCGAGGACUGGAGGAGGAAGCAGCAGGAUGUUGAGGUGAACAACAGGAAGGCCAAGGUCUUCCAGGAUGGCGCCUUUGCCCAGACCAAAUGGACGAGGCUCCGAGUCGGCGACGUCGUCAAGGUCGAGAAGGACGAGUUCUUCCCUGCCGACCUCGUCCUCCUCUCCUCCAGCUACGACGACGCCAUCUGCUACGUCGAGACGAUGAACCUCGACGGCGAGACCAACCUCAAGCUCAAACAGUCCCUCAGCGUGACCUCCCACCUGCAGGACGACGAGAGUUUCGCCAGUUUUGGGGCCGUGAUAAAGUGCGAGGACCCGAAUGCGCAGCUCUACUCAUUUGUAGGGAACAUAGAGAUUGAAGACCAGCAGUACCCGCUCUCGCCGACCCAGCUCCUGCUCAGGGACUCCAAGCUCCGCAACACCGAGUACGUGUACGGCGCGGUGGUCUUCACGGGCCACGACACCAAGGUCAUGCAGAAUGCUACCAGUGUCCCAUCAAAGAGGAGCAAGAUAGAGAAGAAGAUGGAUGGGGCCAUCUACCUGCUCCUGUCUUCGCUCGUCCUCAUCUCGGUCAUCGGCUCGGUUUUUUUUGGCAUUGCGACAAAAGAUGAUCUGCGAGAUGAUGGCAGGGUCAUGAAGAGGUGGUACCUUAGGCCGGAUGACACCACCGUCGUCUUCGAUCCUAAAAGGGCGGCUACAUCGGCGGUGCUGCAUCUGUUCACGGCCAUGAUCCUUUACGGGUACUUCAUCCCUAUAUCGUUGUACAUCUCCAUCGAGCUCGUCAAGCUGCUGCAGGCAAUGUUCAUCAACAGUGACAUCCUAAUGUACCACGAGGAGAGCGACACGCCGGCUCGCGCUAGGACGUCCAACUUGAACGAGGAACUGGGUCAAGUACACACCAUACUCACAGAUAAGACUGGGACCCUGACUUGCAACUCCAUGGAGUUCAUCAAGUGCUCUAUUGCUGGUACGGCAUACGGGCGUGGGAUCACCGAGGUCGAGAGAGCCAUGGCGAAGAAAAAAGGUUCCCCCUUGAUUGCCGAUAUGGAGAUUGCCGUUGAUCAGCCAGAGGGUAGGUCUGUGGUCAAAGGAUUUAACUUUGCGGAUGAGCGUAUCAUGGAUGGUGAAUGGGUGAACCAGGAAAGCUCCGGUGUGAUCGAGAUGUUCUUCCGGUUGUUGGCCGUCUGCCACACGUGUAUCCCGGAAGUCGACGAAGUAUCAGGGAAGGUUUCCUAUGAAGCAGAGUCUCCUGAUGAGGCUGCUUUUGUUGUCGCGGCACGGGAACUCGGUUUCACAUUUUACCAGAGGACGCAGGCGGGUGUUUCUCUGCAUGAAUUGGAUCGCUUGUCUGGACAACAAGUUGACAGAUUCUAUAAGGUCUUGCAUGUCCUUGAGUUCAACAGUACUCGGAAGCGGAUGUCGGUAAUAGUUAAGGACGAGGAGGGGAAGACAUUUCUCUUUAGUAAAGGUGCUGACAGUAUAAUGUUUGAGAGGCUAUCGAGCUCCGAGAGUAGUUACAGAGAAUCGACGCAGAAGCACAUAAAUGAAUACGCUGAUGCUGGUCUGAGAACACUAGUUCUUGCAUACCGUCAACUCGGUGAUGUGGAAUACACUAAAUUCGACAAGAAGUUCACUGCAGCUAAGAAUUCUGUCAGUGCUGAUCGAGACGAGCUAAUUGAAGAGGCUGCAGAUUCGCUAGAGAGGGGUCUGAUUCUUCUUGGUGCUACAGCUGUUGAGGAUAAACUACAAAAGGGGGUACCAGAAUGCAUCGACAAACUUGCCCAAGCUGGCAUCAAGAUAUGGGUGCUGACGGGUGACAAGAUGGAGACUGCCAUCAACAUCGGAUAUGCAUGCAGUCUACUCAGACAAGGGAUGAAACAAAUUACAAUCACACUGGAUACACCAGAUAUCAUUGCCUUGGAGAAAGGUGGUGACAGAGCAGCCAUUACAAAGGCAUCAAAGGAUAGCGUUGUACAGCAAAUAAAUGAAGGAAAGCAGCUCAUAAACGCAUCUGCUAGUGAAUCAUUUGCUUUGAUCGUCGAUGGUAAAUCGCUUACAUAUGCCCUCAAAGACGAUACCAAGGGCAUGUUCCUUGAUCUUGCGAUCGGGUGCAAUUCAGUCAUUUGCUGUCGCUCUUCUCCAAAGCAGAAGGCUCUUGUCACUAGGUUAGUCAAAGCUGGCACACAUAAAGUUACGCUGGCAAUUGGCGACGGUGCAAAUGACGUAGGCAUGAUUCAGGAGGCAGAUAUUGGGGUAGGAAUCAGUGGUGCUGAAGGGAUGCAGGCUGUCAUGGCGAGCGAUGUUUCGAUCGCGCAGUUCCGCUUCCUUGAGCGUCUGCUACUUGUCCAUGGGCAUUGGUGCUAUAGCAGGAUCUCGUCAAUGGUAUGCUUCUUCUUCUAUAAGAACAUUGCGUUCGGCGUGACCCUGUUCCUCUAUGAGUGCUAUACUUCAUUUUCUGGCCAAACUUUCUACAACGACUGGUCAAUGUCGCUCUACAAUGUCCUUUUCACGUCGUUACCUGUGAUCGCCAUGGGCGUGUUUGAUCAAGAUGUUUCCGCUCGGUUUUGUCUCAAGUACCCAAUGCUCUACCAGGAGGGUCCUCAGAACCUGCUCUUCCGGUGGUCGAGGCUCCUUGGAUGGAUGUUGCAUGGCGUUGGCAGCGCCGUGAUCAUCUUCUUCCUCACCAUCGCGUCGCUCAAGUACCAAGCGUUCCGCAGCAACGGCCAGGUCAUAGACCUCUCGACCCUCGGUGCCACCGCCUAUACAUGUAUCGUUUGGGCCGUCAACAUGCAGAUGGCGAUCACGGUGAACUACUUCACCCUCAUUCAGCACAUCUGCAUCUGGGCCGGCAUCUUCCUGUGGUAUGUCUUCCUCCUGGCAUACGGUGCAAUCACACCGUCGUUCUCGACCACGUUCUUCAUGGUGUUCUCGGAGGCGCUGGGUGGCGCGCCGUCCUACUGGGUAGUGACCCUGCUGGUCUCGGUCGCAGCGCUCAUCCCCUACUUCACCCUGUCGGUGGUGAAGACGUGGUUCUUCCCGACCUACCACAACAAGAUCCAGUGGUUGCAGCACAUGGCGAAGGAUGAUGAUCCGGAGGCGGAGCUGGGCAUGAUCCUGCGCCAGUUCUCGGUGCGGUCCACGAGCGUGGGCAUCUCGGCACGCCGUGACGCCAAGCUCGUCCGCGUCAGCAGCAAAGGUCUUCCAUGCUGACUAAAUCACAUUCUAAAGGUGAUCAGUUUCCAUAGCAUAAUACCAUAGCAGAUCUCCUGUAAAUAUAUCAUCAGGUGGCAAAAAUGAAGGUUCUGCUUGCAUUACAAGUGUUAGUGAUGAGCUAGUGACGUUAAUUAGGGUUUAACUGUACAUGAGGAGUCUGGUUUUUGUUUAGGAGAUGACAGUUGAUGUACAUUGGAUGGAUGUAAGUUUAGGAGCUCACUUAAUUUCUUCCCCUCUGUAUUUUUGGGGCCUCAUUCUUCCCUUUCUUUUUUUUCGUUCCUUUAUUUUGUGCUUUAGCUAGACAAAAUAUCUUGUUGGGAAUAAAGCUUGUAUAUUAUUUUUGUC